UGAAUAUAUAAUUUCAAGAUUCUCUCGUGAAUCGGGUAAAGCUUUGCAUGUAUGACAAGCCAGACAGGGAAAACUAAUAAACCCUAGAGGCCAAGAGAUUUGCAUUUGGUGGGGAGUAUCUAUCUUUUUGUUAAUAAUGCCAUUAAUUUGACUAGGACAGUCAAGGUUUGGAACAGCUUUGGCUACUUUAUUAGCAGCCUUGACAACAUUUGCAUCUGUUUACGGGGUUUUAUGUUUGUCUGCUUUAUCCACCUUUUUCUACACAUAAUUAUUCUCCUGUUUCUUAUUGGCAUCAAUAGAACAAAAGCAAUCAACAGCUUCUCCACAUUACUACUGCAUAGGAAUGAUAAGUUCUUUCCUGCAUCAUUAGCCCUUCUUUUUUGACUCCAUUUCCCCCCUUUGUUUCUUAAGACCCCAUCUUCUAUCUCUGCAUGUAAAGCAUCUUUCUUUUGUUAAUCUUCACUUCACUGCAUUUUUUCUGCUUGGUGGAAUAAACUUAGGAUAUGACACCUCUUCUUUGGUGUGGCUGGUGAUAUCUUAUCCUAGGAUCCUAUGCUAGGUAACCUCACUGAUUGUUUGUCAUUAGGCAUUGAGGUUGUAAGUGAUUGCUUUGUGUGUAUCUAACUGAUUGAAAAUCAUUUCAAGACAGAAGGGCAAAAGUAGUAGUACAGUGGUGCCUAUGGCUCAGCAGGAAGGAGGGUGGCCUCUAGGUCUGCAGCCUCUGAAUUUAAGGGUAGGGGUAGUGAGAAACAGAGACUACUUGUCUGGAUCAACAUCUUUCAACACUUUACUCAGUGAGUCCCCUGCUUCCUCUACAGAUUCCUCCUCGGACUUGGACAGUGAGUCCACAGGGUCAUUCUUCCAUGACAGGAGCACAACCCUAGGAAGCCUAAUUGGUGUUUCCAGAAUCGUUAACCUCUCGAGAAGAUCAACGAGGGCAAGACCCUCGAGUGUCGAAGCCAAUCAAGCAGUCCAAAAGAAUUACACUAGGAGGUCCGGAGCUGCCUGGUGCUUCUCAUUGUGCCCAAGAAACAGCACUGAUGCCGAGAGCGCCAUAAGAAGCAACACUGCAUCGCUCGGCCAUUUUCUAGCUGUGGAAAGAAGGGCUGCAAAUGGGCACAGGAGAAGCCACCAUAGCCCUCUCAUCUACGGGCCAGACGAAUACGCUUUGGUGCAGCACGAUAGAGAGUCGAAUUCACUCUUCGCAAAUGACCGCAUUGCCCCUCCCCAGCUGAGUCCAUGGGCUGGAAGGGCCCAGGGAAACAGGUCUUUAGACACUGAACAAGAUCAGGGUGUUCCACUGGUAUUGUUCCCAUGCAUUUGUGGUUAAACUUUGUGGUCAAAGGAUUAGUAUGAUGUUGAUUCCUUAUUAGACCCUUUACUUUUCAAUUCACAUUUUUCCCAUUGUUUGUUUUGUUAGGUCUGGAAUUGCUAAAAAAAAUUACUCCUUUGUAGUGAUGUUGAAACAUAUUUUUGUCAUCUACUUCACAGGAUUGAGUAUUUAUCGAAAAAAACACGACUCUGUGAUUAGUAAACUCACAAGAACUUCAAGAACAGAUAUAUAAUGUAUCAGGUGAGACUCGAGCCUGACAUCUUAUUUUAAAUAUCAACUUAAUCACACGCAAUGCGAUGCGAUCACACA